AUGAGCAGCAGAAGCCGCCGGUCCUGGUGAGGUUUACAGGAGUCUGAUCAUGUGUUCAGAUGACGUCCCGGGACGUCUGUGAUGUUUGAUGUGUCUGAGCUUUAAUGCUGCGGGUUGUUUCCUGUCUCAGCACCAUGACCCGCUCCGCCUUUCUGAGAAGACGAGGGCUGGACCUGGACAGAGGGACUCUACAGAAGCCUGGAUGGACAAAAGAGGAGGUGAUACUGUCACUGCUGAAAGUAAAAGUCAAACUGAUCAUUUAAGCAGUCAUGAGAAGAACAUCUGCUCUGUCCUUCAGAGAACUUCAUCAUCUCACAGUUUCACUCUGUCUGGAGGAGUUCUCACUUUCAUUAUGUCCCUGUGUGAGAAGGUCUCUGAAGGUCUUUGUUUUAUCAGCGUUUGUGUAUUUUAAUAAUAAUAAUAAUAAUAAUAAUAAAAAUGUCAUGAGUGUUUUUAUGGGAUGAAGCGUCUGAGGAAGUGAACAAACACCAGAGAAGCAGUUUGUUUUUGUGGUUUUACAGUCAGGUUCAGGAGCUCUGAGAAGGUCUCAGCGCUGUGAUGAUGAUAAUGAUGAUGAUGAUGAUGAUGAUGAUGAUGAUGAUGAUGAUGAUGAUGAUGAUGAUCCUCCUCCUCCUCCUCAGGAUGAGAAGCUGCUCGGGCUGAUGGAGUUUGGAUCCAACAGCUGGUCUUCAGUUUCCUUUCAUUUCAGAGUGAGUGCUUUUAUUUUGUACUUCAGAACAACUUCCUGUCUUUAACUAGAGACCAGGACUCACUGGACUCUGUGAAUCUGGAUCAAACUGCAGUUCAGGUCCAGACACUGUUGGAGGAACAUCAGGGUUUCUUCUUGGACUUUCAGGACGUCACUUUUACAAAAACAAACAACGAUUAAAAAAAACUCAGAAAGAGAAAAAACAGUCGGUCAAAUCUCUGAGAGGACGGACGGACAUGUCAGGUGACCGAUGUCCUCCAUCAUGAUCCUUUUCUGUCCUCCUCAAAGUUCUCUUCCAUCAGAUACUCAACAGGAGUUUUUGGGUCCCGCUGAACUUUGGAUCAGUCAUCACCUCCUACAUGAGAGCAGCGGUGACCCCGGUCACAGACAGACCGGACUCUGAUCCCACUCUGAUGCUUUUAUUCUGACAGUUUGACUGUCCUGCUUUUUUAAAUGGUGCUUUUAUUGUGAAAUGACUGAAGGACGUGAAUGUCCUCAGUGUGUCCUCUCUGUGUCUCAGGGUCAAAGGUCGGCCGUAGAGUGUCAGAGGAGGUGGCAGCAGAUCAGGAAUCCUGAGAUCGUCAAAGGUCCCUGGACUCAGGAGGAGGAUGAGAAGGUGAGACAGGACUUCUCCUGUGGUCUACACUGACCCUGGUCCUGGUCCAAACAGGACAGAUGAACAUUGACGUCACAGAUUAGAGGGUCCUCUACAGGGUCCAAGGUUUGACUAAGGACUGGACUGAAGUACCCACGAGUUCUCCAGUCCAGUCCUCUGAAUCCACGUCUGCUGUUGGUCAUGGUCCUCCAUCAGGUCUUGGUGGUCUUGAAGUUGUAAAUGGAGUCUCACCAAAGGAGUAACAGCUCCGUGUAGACUGGGAGAUAAACAACAUUUUCAAUCAUUUAGACGACUUAACAUAGAGAUCUGUUGGAGUCCCUUCAGUGAAGACACUUUUAUGAGACAGAGAUGAAGACGGAAACCUCAGUGGAAGAGAACGACGGGACUGAGGAGAUGACAGAGAAGGAACUCCUUCUAGAAUCGUCUCUAAACUGAAACAACAGGGAAGAAAUACAGAGAAUAUCAAAGUGAAAUAUGGAGUUUUCAGGGAGUGAUCGGAAGAACGAAUUUAAGACCCAACGAACAUCAACCAGCUCCAAACGAUGGAGGGAAGAAAUUUAACACAUUUUUGUAUUAUCACACCCAAAAUCUAAAAUAAACAAUCAGGCCAACGACAACAUCGCUACGGAAACUGUGGGCAACGGAAUGGGAACCGUUCUGAUGUAUUUGGGAGGAAGUUUGAAGAGCUAGAGGUGAAGAUCUGAUCUUCCUAAAGAUCCUCGGUUUAUUCAUCUAGGACUGAUACCAGACGAUGAAAGAAGUAAAGAAGACAGAAACCUGUUCAAGAUCCUGAGAAGGUCAUUAUUAGAAGAUGAAGCACCUGGACUGGACCACCUGACUGGACAGUGACGAAGAAACUUGAUCAAUGGAACAAACGACCUUCAGUCUAAGAAUGAAAACAGACGAAAUGACAUUUUUAGGUCACAGAGUCGUGUUCUUGUGUUUUUGUGUUUUUGUGUUCUUGUGUUUUUGUGUUUUUGUGUUCUUGUGUUCCUGUUUAAAAAAAAAGCCGUGUCUCACCUCACCAUCUGAUGUCACUUCCUGUGCAGCUGAUCGAUCUGGUGCAGAAGUACGGCAGGAAGCGCUGGUCUCUGAUCGCCAGAUACCUGCACAGUCGGAACGGGAAGCAGUGUCGCGAACGAUGGCACAACCACCUGAACCCGGGCGUGAAGAAGAGCAACUGGUCCCUGGAGGAGGACCGGGUCAUCUUUGAGGCCCACAGUCAGCUGGGGAACCGCUGGGCCAACAUCUCCAAACUUCUGCCCGGCAGGUAAGAGGAGUGGAAGAGGUGUGAGCGCCACCUGUGAGACUCUGCAGGAGCUGAAGGGGGCGCUGUGUUUGUUCACAGGACAGAUAACUCCAUCAAGAACCACUGGAACUCCACCCUGAGGAGAAAGGUGGAGAGAGAGGGCUACCUGCAGGUCCUGAACCUCUACAGCUCCACCAACACCAGCUCCUCUGACUCCUCCUCCUUCAUCACACCUUUACCGGGCACAGCAGGCGUCCCCGCUAAGGUCAGUGACCUCCACCCGUCAGCGUUCACCCCUUCAUACCAACAUGAAUAACAGCUGAUUCCUCCACCUGCAGGCCGACAGUCUGUCCACCGUGAAGGACGAGUCCAGCUGCACCUCCAACGAUCAGAGCGUCUGCUGUCUCCAUAGCAACCAGGCACACCUCUGCUCCUUCUGUGUCCCCACCUCCUCCGGCUACGAGUCCUCUCUGAGCAUGUGCGAGCCGACGGCCCCCCCAGCGCUGAUGGAGGAGGUACCAUCAUUAUGGAAAAAAGAGUUGAGGCUUUUAUUUUGAAAAGCAGCUGUGUGGGUUCUAUCAUCUAUCACUGAUGUUCAAAAACACCUCCUUCAGAAGAUCAGGACUAAAACAGGAACCUGAUACCAUGGUACCGCACCAGUGACCCAACACAGCUGACGGUGGCUGUCGCGACCUGAUCCACCUGGAAACCUGAUUUCUACUGGGCAUGUGCGAAACGUACGUCACUUCUUCUACUGUGACCGCUUCGACAUCAUUGAGCUCGCUUCAGUUUAUCGAUACUUCAGUUUAUCAAUACUUCAUUUUAUCAAUACUUCAGUUUAUCAAUACUUGAUUUUAUCAAUACUUGUUUAUCGAUACUUCAGUUUAUCAAUACUUCAGUUUAUCGAUACUUCAGUUUAUCGAUACUGCAGUUUAUCGAUACUUCAGUUUAUCGAUACUGCAGUUUAUCGAUACUGUAGUUUAUCGAUACUGCAGUUUAUCGAUACUUCAGUUUAUCAAUACUUCAGUUUAUCAAUACUGCAGUUUAUCAAUACUUUAUUUUAUCAAUACUUCAGUUUAUCGAUACUUCAGUUUAUCAAUACUUCAUUUUAUCAAUACUUCAGUUUAUCGAUACUUCAUUUUAUCAAUACUUCAGUUUAUCGAUACUUCAGUUUAUCAAUACUUCAGUUUAUCAAUACUUGUUUAUCAAUACUUCAGUUUAUCAAUACUUCAGUUUAUCAAUACUUCAGUUUAUCAAUACUUCAGUUUAUCGAUACUUCAGUUUAUCAAUACUUCAGUUUAUCGAUACUUCAGUUUAUCGAUACUGCAGUUUAUCGAUACUUCAGUUUAUCAAUACUUCAGUUUAUCGAUACUUCAGUUUAUCAAUACUUGUUUAUCGAUACUUCAGUUUAUCAAUACUUCAGUUUAUCAAUACUUGUUUAUCGAUACUUCAGUUUAUCAAUACUUCAGUUUAUCAAUACUUCAGUUUAUCAAUACUUGUUUAUCGAUACUUCAGUUUAUCAAUACUUCAGUUUAUCAAUACUUGUUUAUCGAUACUUCAGUUUAUCGAUACUUCAGUUUAUCAAUACUUCAGUUUAUCAAUACUUCAGUUUAUCGAUACUUCAGUUUAUCAAUACUUCAGUUUCUAACAGCCACACUUUCCUCCUCAAUGGAGUUUUUCCCCCGACUGAAGCAGAGCGCCGGAAAGUCAAGACAAUGGCGCCCAGUUUCCCCCCUUGAUACUUUGAAAAGUCAGAACCAUCAUUUUGACCAGGUGGUGGCGCUCUCUGUGGCCCCAAAAGGUCUCACUGUUCUGGGCAGGAGCUCUGGAGCCUCCUGUUUUCUAGCCUGUCACAUGGCCAGCUUGUUUCUGAAUCGAUCGACAGUUUAAAUAAAGUUUUUAAGGGUAGGUAUCGACUCGCUGCCGUAAAAUACAUUCAAACUUCAAGAGAGGAAGUGACGAACGUUUCGCACAAGCGCAGUACAGAUCGGGUUUCCACGAUGGAUCGGGUAGCGACAGUGGCCAGAACACGACUCGUUUUCAUUGGGCAUGUGAUGAUGUCACUGUUGACGUUGAUGAUGAUGUCAUCGUUGACGUUGAUGAUGAUGUCAUCGUUGAUGUUGUGUGAAGGUUCUGGUUCUGGAGAACGUUGAGGGCCUUGCUCCUGGUGUGGGAUCCUCUUGGUCCUCAUGGAUCAAUAACUGUCCACAGGGGGGUCUGGGCUUCUCCCCCUCUGAGGUAACACAACUUAAGACACACACAAACACACACACACAGAAAGUUAGUCAGCUGUUUGUCAGAUCGACCUCGGUCAGAGUCGAGACAUCUCUGAACACUGAAUGUGUGUGUGUGUGUGUGUGUGUGUGUGUGUGUGUGUGUGUGUGUGUGUGUGUAGUUCUUAGGUCUGUGUGACUCGGAGGGUCCGCUGAGAUCCCAGCCCCCCGUUCUCACCUCCACGCCCGUCUGUUCCCUCAAACACUCCGCCCACUUCGCCCAGAACUCCGCCUCCUGUCUUCACUGCAGCCUCAGUAACACCAGCCAGUGAGUCAGGGAGGGUCAGAGGUCAGAGGUCAAACUACUCUUAAAACUGUGACCUCAUGAGCUCAGGGCUGGUACUGGAUCAGAGUGUCUCAGUUCUGGUUCUGGUCAGGCUCAGGUUCUUGUUGUUGUGUUGUGUUCAGGACCCCUCCAAAGUUCAGAGAGAGAGUCCGAGUCAUGUUAAUGUCGGCGCCGCAGACCCCGACCCCUCUGAAGACCAGCAGCAGUGACCAGGAGGAGGUGAGAGGAGGAGGAGACCACCUGGACCUCCUGUCCUGGGGCUUGGACCAUGGACCAUGACGGACCCUGAUCCUCUGUGUCUGUGUGUACUUCAGGUGUCAGCCAGCAGCAGGAUGACCUCCCUGAUGGGGGAGGAGCUUAACGACAACCUCGACGCCCAACACUCCAGCAGCAGCAGCAGCUCUGAGGUCACACACACACACACACACACAUAUUUAUGAUGGUCCUCACAAGCAUAGCUGGACAAACACACAAACACAAGAGUGGGGCGUUUGAUCCUGACCAUGAAAAGGGUCUCAGGUCCUUGAACCCGUCAGUACCUUUCCAUGACCCCGACUCUGAGACAGUUGAAGAAGUAAGGAGCACAAAGAACUUUAGGGGAUCAAUGAAAACUGAUCAAUAAUGUUUGUCUAAUUGGUCAACCAGUAAUUUAUUGACGGUCCCUUAUUCAACACCGACGUUGACAGUGAGGGUGUGAGUAGAUUUAACCGCGCUGCUGUUGUUAUUCCCGGUUAUGGAGAGUGAGAAGACACCGGUAGAUCCUCAGAGAAUGUCCGUCAGAUAUCCAACCUGAAACUAACUUCACCGCCGUAUUUACAGGAAAAUAUAUCCAACCUAAAACUAACUUCACCGCUGUAUUUACAGGAAAAUAUAUCCAACCUGAAACUAACUUCACCGCCGUAUUUACAGGAAAAUAUAUCCAACCUAAAACUAACUUCACCGCCGUAUUUACAGGAAAAUAUAUCCAACCUAAAACUAACUUCACCGCCGUAUUUACAGGAAAAUAUAUCCAACCUGAAACUAACUUCACCGCCGUAUUUACAGGAAAAUAUAUCCAACCUAAAACUAACUUCACCGCCGUAUUUACAGGAAAAUAUAUCCAACCUGAAACUAACUUCACCGCCGUAUUUACAGGAAAAUAUAUCCAACCUAAAACUAACUUCACCGCCAUAUUUACAGGAAAAUAUAUCCAACCUGAAACUAACUUCACCGCCGUAUUUACAGGAAAAUAUAUCCAACCUGAAACUAACUUCACCGCCGUAUUUACAGGAAAAUAUAUCCAACCUAAAACUAACUUCACCGCCAUAUUUACAGGAAAAUAUAGCCAACCUAAAACUAACUUCACCGCCGUAUUUACAGGAAAAUAUAUCGAACCUAAAUCUAACUUCACCGCCGUAUUUAGAGGAAAAUAUAUCCAACCUGAAACUAACUUCACCGCCGUAUUUAGAGGAAAAUAUAUCCAAUCUGAAACUAACUUCACCGCCGUAUUUACAGGAAAAUAUAUCCAACCUAAAACUAACUUCACCGCUGUAUUUACAGGAAAAUAUAUCCAACCUGAAACUAACUUCACCGUCGUAUUUACAGGAAAAUAUAUCCAACCUUAAACUAACUUCACCGCCGUAUUUACAGGAAAAUAUAUCCAACCUGAAACUAACUUCACCGCCGUAUUUACAGGAAAAUAUAUCCAACCUAAAACUAACUUCACCGCCGUAUUUACAGGAAAAUAUAUCCAACCUGAAACUAACUUCACCGCUGUAUUUACAGGAAAAUAUAUCCAACCUAAAACUAACUUCACCGCCGUAUUUACAGGAAAAUAUAUCCAACCUGAAACUAACUUCACCGCCGUAUUUACAGGAGAAUAUAUCCAACCUAAAACUAACUUCACCGCCAUAUUUACAGGAAAAUAUAUCCAACCUAAAACUAACUUCACCGCUGUAUUUACAGGAAAAUAUAUCCAACCUGAAACUAACUUCACCGCCGUAUUUACAGAAUAUAUCCAACCUGAAACUAACUUCACCGCCGUAUUUACAGGAAAAUAUAUCCAACCUAAAACUAACUUCACCGCCUUAUUUACAGGAAAAUAUAUCCAACCUGAAACUAACUUCAGCGCCGUAUUUACAGGAAAAUAUAUCCAACCUGAAACUAACUUCAGCGCCGUAUUUACAGGAAAAUAUAUCCAACCUAAAACUAACUUCACCGCCUUAUUUACAGGAAAAUAUAUCCAACCUGAAACUAACUUCACCGCCGUAUUUACAGGAAAAUAUAUCCAACCUGAAACUAACUUCACCGCCGUAUUUACAGGAAAAUAUAUCCAACCUAAAACUAACUUCACCGCCGUAUUUACAGGAAAAUAUAUCCAACCUAAAACUAACUUCACCGCCGUAUUUACAGGAAAAUAUAUCCAACCUGAAACUAACUUCACCGCCGUAUUUACAGGAAAAUAUAUCCAACCUGAAACUAACUUCACCGCCGUAUUUACAGGAAAAUAUAUCCAACCUGAAACUAACUUCACCGCCGUAUUUACAGGAAAAUAUAUCCAACCUGAAACUAACUUCACCGCCGUAUUUACAGGAAAAUAUAUCCAACCUAAAACUAACUUCACCGCUGUAUUUACAGGAAAAUAUAUCCAACCUGAAACUAACUUCACCGCCGUAUUUACAGGAAAAUAUAUCCAACCUGAAACUAACUUCACCGCUGUAUUUACAGGAAAAUAUAUCCAACCUGAAACUAACUUCACCGCCAUAUUUACAGGAAAAUAUAUCCAACCUAAAACUAACUUCACCGCCGUAUUUACAAGAAAAUAUAUCCAACCUGAAACUAACUUCACCGCCGUAUUUACAGGAAAAUAUAUCCAACCUGAAACUAACUUCACCGCCGUAUUUACAGGAAAAAAUUCUAUAAUUCACACACGUCUGUUUUCAGUCGCUCUGCAGAGUCCUGCUCUGAUCUUUGGGUCCCUCUGGACCACCUUCUGUCCUCCAGGUUCAUGGAGAGAGUCUACUGAUCCCGGUCCAGGAGUCCAGCUCCAUGACAAAGACUGAAGGGGGGUUCAGCUUCAUCAAGGAGGUCCAGGGAGAGCCGGACUCACACCAGCAACAAGUCCAGACAGGAGAGUCCAGCUCUGGUCUGCAGGUUCAGGAAGAGUCCUGCUCAGUCUGUGAGGGUCUGAGCUCUCUCCUGUUGGGUCAGAUGGGGGUCUGGUGGUGUCAGCAGACCGUGGGUCUGUCUCCUGAGGGUCUGAUAGACGGACUGAACCUGUUUGAGGUAAAGAACCAGAACCCUCUGAGACCUGGAACUGAGUGUGUGUGAAUGUUUGUCCAGCUAUACUUGUGAGGACCAUCAUAAGUUUGUCACCUUCAGAGUGAGGUCCAAAUAUCUGUGUGUGUGUGUGUGUGUGUGUGUGUGUGUGUUCAGAUGAGCAGGGAGCUGCAGGAUCUGAUGUUUGGAAGGACAGACGAUCAGAAGAGUCUGACCGAGCAGGCCCGGUUCUACCUGGAGCCCUGA